GGCUGCAGUCUGUGGGGCCGCAAAGAGUCGGACGUGACUGAGCAGUUAAGCAUGCACUGGGCCUUUGCACAGGCCAUUGCUUUUGUCUGUGCCAGGCUUCCCCUCCCGCCUUUUGAAUAGUUAACUCCUCACAGUUCUUACUUCCCUCAAAGGUCAAAUCUCCCCAUUAUGUGCUUCCAUAGCACCAUAUAUUUCUAUCUAACAUUUUGUGUAGGAGUUUUAGUUUAGCACAUAAACUCUGCUGAUUGUCUGGUUAAUGUCUGUCUUCUGUACUGUACUCUUAGCUCCUUGUCCAUUUUGCCUUGUGAUUGUGUACCAGUACUUAGUUCAGUACCUGGCAUAUAGUAGACAUUCAGUAAAUAUUACAGAAUAACUGAAUGAACUUUGUCUCCAAAGACGUGUGCUGCUCUGCCUUGUUGCUCUGUUUCCUUUGCAGGUCAGAGUUGAUGUUCAUUUCUGUGGGAUUAAUUUUGCUGAUAUUUUGGCCUGUCAUGGUCAGUAUCAGGAAAGGCAUCAACUCCCCUUCACACCUGGGAGAUCGAGUUAUUGGCCUGCCUGGCUUUAAUGGUAUGGCUGAAGAAUGCAUCAUUGACCACAAGAACCUGUGGCAGAUUCCAGAAAAGGUGUCCCUCCGAGAAGCGGCUGCCCUGCCCGUAUCGUAUGGCACUGCAAUUUUCGCCCUGGAGCAUCGGGCCUGUACCCAGCCUGGAGAAACUGUUUUAGUGACAGCAGCAGCUGGAGCCACAGGCCUCGCCGUGAUAGAUGUGGCAACAAACAUUCUUCAGGCCAAGGUAAUAGCUGCAGCUGGAAGUGAUGAAAAGUGUCAGCUGGCGAUGCAGAGAGGGGCACAGUCCAGCGUGAACUACAGUCGGGGCAGCCUUAAGGAGGCAGUGGGGAAGCUGGUGGGCAGUGGCGGGGUGAACGUGGUCAUUGACAUGGUGGGAGGAGACGUCUUCCUGGAGGCUCUCCGCAGCCUGGCGUAUGAGGGCAGGAUUGUGGUGGUAGGUUUUGCUGGAGGAACCAUUGCUUCUAUACCAGCCAAUCUCCUGCUCCUGAAGAGUGCUACUGCCAUGGGGCUGUACUGGGGCAGAUACCGGCACCAGAACUUUCCCAUCUUCUCCAGAACCCUGUCCUCAGCACUUCAGUACUGCCAGGAAGGGCGCAUCCAGCCACACAUUGGAGAGGUUUUUAAACUGGAAGAGGUCAAUGAUGCCUUUCUUCAUGUCACACAGCGUAAAUCCACAGGCAAGUGUGAUCAUGUACUUUAUUGUCCAGACUUGGACACAGUUGAGAGUGAAAGACUGCUAUUAGUGAUUACACCAGGAGAACAGGUGUCCCAAGAUGUAUGAUCACCUAUUCAAAUACAUCCAUGGCCAAGUUCUGUCAUCUCCACCUCUAAGAAGUCUUACCUCCAUGGAAAUAGAACUGCCA